AUGCCGACUUCGCUUCAUCCACAAGCAAAGUUCGACCCCAUACCGCCUGAUCUCGACUUGCACGGCUUGGUUGACCAAACGCCCAACUUUAAAUGGGUUCAGCGUGUCUCUCGCGCACAGAUCCGAAGUCUUGGACAGCAUGAGUUUGAAAGGCUGGUCCAUACACACGUAAUUGUUGGUGGAAAACCCCUCGUCAUCGAUGGAUGGGAUGUGGUCCUUCCCACCUGGCUGUUCAGUGCCAAGUGGAUGGAAAACACCUAUGACAAGAAGCAGGAGAACGUUCGCGACAUCCCGGCGGCGACUGAUAUUCCAAUGACAACUGGGCAUUAUCUGCGGUCAAUGAAGCAACUUACAAACCAGUGGACGCCUCAUACCUACCGAGACGAGCGCAGACAGAGGCUGUAUCUCAAAGACAUCGAUUGCCCGCCAGAAUGGCGCGAUGCCUUGCAGAGAGUAAUUCAUCCCAGCCUUUUCUAUCUGAAUGAGAAUGUCACCACCACUGGUGGGAGCGGUUGCCAAGAUGACGACGCGUUUCGUGGCGAGACCACCGCUGCUCCGGCAGGUGACCUGAUGUCAAGUCUGCCGGAGGAGAUGCGCGCGGAGAACCUUAUGUGCUAUAUCGGUCACGAAGGCACAUACACACCUGCGCAUCGUGAGAUGUGCGCCUCGAUUGGUCAAAACAUAAUGAUAGAGGCGUCGGGCGAUGGGGCAGGCGAAAAGCGUGGAAGCUCCAUCUGGUUCAUGACAGAGAGCAAAGACCGGGAGGUUGUUCGCGAAUACUUCCUUUCAAUGCUUGGCCAUGACAUUGAAAUCGAGAAGCACUUUGCGCAGAUUAACGCCUGGAAGAAAGCUCCCUUUGACGUCUAUAUUGUCGAGCAACGCCCUGGCGAUUUCAUUCUCAUCCCCCCACUUGCCGCCCACCAAGUCUGGAACAGGGGAACUCGAACCAUGAAGGUGGCUUGGAACCGUACAACCACCGAAUCACUCGACCUUGCCCUGCAUGAGGCACUGCCCAAAGCAAGGCUCGUUUGCCGCGAUGAACAGUACAAGAACAAAGCUAUCGUCUAUUUCACCCUCCAGAAAUACCAUGCAGAACUGCGGAAAAUGGAAGAGAACUUGGAAGUGACGCAGACUAGCUUCAUAGGCAUCGGCCACGACCUCGUCCGAAACUCGCCCCGUGCCAAGCAGCUCACUGGCGAAUUCAGGAAACUUCUGGGGCUCUAUUCCGAGAUUCUGGUUGAUGAGGUAUUCUUGUUCAAGGAAAGGGACGUCGAGCUUCUGCCUUUUGAUUCUUGCAUUACGUGCUCCUAUUGUCGGUCGAACAUAUUCAACCGAUUCCUGACCUGCAAACAAUGCGUCCGAACACUAGUUACCGGAGAGGAGGACGCAUACGAUGUCUGCAUGGAGUGUUACGCCAUGGGCAGAUCCUGCGCGUGCCUUUCGGGGCUUCAGUGGUGCGAGCAAUGGACUUGGACAGAUUUGGUCGACAAAUACGAAUCCUGGCGUGCAGUGGUCAUCAUGAACGAUGGCUAUAUCGAUGUUGGAUCGUCUCCUCCUCCCUUCGAAGUGGCUCGCCAAAAGUCCGGAAAGAAAUCGGUGGCUCAAAUCUGCCAGGAAGCAUUGAGACGGCGCCCUUGGAAGGAUAUCACCAAACCAGAACGUGAGCCGACACCAAGCGACUCAGAUCAGGGAGUGGGCGGCGACAAAGUCAAAAAGAAGCCAAAAAGGAAGAAGAAGAAAGGCGAUAUUCGCAGAUGUCAUGUAUGCUGUCACAAGGAUUACAGCUACCGGGUCCAUGAGUGUACGAAUCCCGGAUGCGCCGAAGGCUACUGCUACGGGGUGUUAUACAGGGCCUUCGACAUGAUGCCCCAGAGAGUUCUCGAGGAUGAAUAUUGGCAGUGCCCAAAGUGUCUUGGCAUUUGCAGCUGUGGCAGCUGCAGGCGGUCAGGCAAUCCAAAUGCGUACACCCCCAAGAAUACUCUGCUUGGUCAUGACACGCGACCCAUUGCGGAUGACCGAAGUGUGGAGGCGUUGGUCGACUUUCGCAUUCACAAUCUCUCCUGGCUCAAAGCCGUAGGAGAAGAAAGCAGGAGCAAGGAUAGCCGCAGGAUGCAGCGUUUGAGGGAGCAAGCCGACAGUGCCAAAGCUCAAGAUUUGACGCGACAAGUGGAGGCCGAGCAGGUAAUCCAUGACGAGGGUGGUCCUGGCGCUGCCCGCGUUACCAACAUCAUGUCUACUGAACAUUCAGCUGGUAAUGGGUAUGGCGAUCAAAGCGAGAUUGUUGACCGGCAUGCAUCAUCGUUAAGCGAUUUUGCCACUUGCGCAGAAUUAGCCCAUGACGAUGAGGGCACAAUACUACCCGUUCAAGCUGAAGCCUUGGCUAGGUCAUCAGACGCGGUCGAUCCCAACACUUCGUCAUAUCCCGACCCUACUGUGCUCGUACGCCAGAGAAUUGGUAUGGGCUAUUACGAGCAAGAUGACACGCCGGACAAGAUUCUGUUUGAUCCGUAUCAGCUCCCAUCUGCUGAAUCGAUGAAACUUCCUGAGCUGGACGUGCCUGAAGUAGUUCAGAAAUCCAUCCGAGCCGCCAAAAGGAAGGCUAGACGAGAGAACGACGACCCGGACUUUGUCGUUGGAAAGAGCUACCACAAGAAGCCUCGCUUGGCCCAACAAGCAGAUUUACUCGAGAGUAUGGAUCCUGCUCUCUUCGAUAGCGCAGCUGUCUCGAUGACACCUGUGCAUGACCAUGGUGCCGGUUUUGAAUUGCAACCGCAUCGGUCAUCGGAAUUACACGGGGAAAAUCCAGAUGGUGCAUCGCAAAAGCGGCAAAAAAUGGUUGAUGCCAACGAACCCGCCUUGCGACAUGCGAAGCCAACGACGUCUUACAUAGAAUCAGAGGACGCAGACCUGAAUGACAUGGAGGACGAUAAUGCUAGCUCUCGGUCAGCAAGGCAGCAUGAGGCAGGCGUGAAACCUAUCCAUAACGACUUAACACGAGCCGCGAUUGGUGCUGUCACGGAUCAUAUACCCCAAAGCAAUGAUCUGCUUGCUUCGAUGGGCAAGGUUCAUAAAAGGCGAGGAAGGCCACCGAAAAGGCAGUCAUUGGCAAUGAGUUCGCCCAUUGAUGGAGAAGCUCAAGAGACUCAGUCCACCCCCUCAAGGAACUUCCCCAAUAACGGGAGAAGUAGAGGUCGACCACCAAGAUCGGAUGCCUUUGCGACUCGGACAGCCUCAGAAAUAACUGCUCCCGGUGCGGCACAACACGCUAGUGGAAAUGACAAAGAACAUGAUGAAAUUGCGGUUGAAAUAGCCGUGCAAUUGGAAAAUCUAGCAACGGAAGUACCGCUGCGACGAAGCAGACGUUUCGGUGUCACUACCAUCGUCGCGGCGACAGCAGAGUUUGAAGCAGAGGCCGACUCUGAUGUCGAGGCACCGCCAGAACGGGAAUCUCAUACCAGUGAUCGGGAGGUAACAACUGGCCCAAGACGAAGGGGCCGCCCAAGGCGAUCUGAUACUGCGACACACAAGCCAUCAGUACGGAGGCGGAGCAUGCCAUUGAACCAUCAAUACAUGUCCAUGGCAGAACGAAUGGCGCUCAAGGGCAAGAACUUCAAAAUUGGCAAGCGGGCCUCCCGAAGCACCCCUCCUGUGGCAUAUACGGCCUUACCUGUGCCAGUCAGAAUCGAGAGGACCAUGGCUGAGAUCCCAUCAUCGCAUGGUGAGGUACCUCUGACCAGCAGGGUUCGUCCCGGAUCCUCUCGUAACGGGCCAAAUGACUCGUCGUCCUCGGAGAACCAGAUCCUAUCUCGGAAAGCUACGUCGACUCGGGAGGAUGAUAGUCAAUCGGGCAACCGUACCAAUGCCAUUCGGCUCGCAGAUUUAGACACCGACAACAGCCUUGAGAAUGGGUUACCGCGUUCUGCAAGUAGCUCGGGGGACGACGAUAUUCCGUCGGGAAGGCGCAGUCCAGGCCCCGUGGGACGCUCCAAGACCCGUGGGGAUGUCAGAGGCCGAGGCGGCUCUAGAGGUCGACCCAGGGGGCGAGCACGAGCCGGGGCGAGAGCCAGAUUGCGAGACUGA